UUGAACUGAGCGCAGCGCGGAAACGACUCGGCCGAAAGAAAAGAAAAACAACAAAGUCGGACAGAAAUGGCGAAAUAGUUUGACUGAACGGCGUUUGAACGAUAAACUCAAGCAUAAACCAGAAAGCGUAGAUCUUGGCCACAAUGCCCAUUCGGGCUUACUGCACCAUCUGCUCGGAUUUCUUUGACCACUCAAAGGAUGUGGCUGCAAUUCACUGUGGCCACACUUUUCACUAUGUGUGUCUUCUUCAGUGGUUCCAGUCUGCUCCCACUAAAACCUGUCCACAAUGCAGGAAACAGGUCAGCACGAGGCACAUCAUCAAUAAGCUUUUCUUCGAUAUCGCACCGGAGGAAGAAGGAUCUGCAGCAGACCCAGAAAUCUUACAGAAUGAGUUGGACAGAAUGAAAGCGGCUUUUUGUGAAAAGGAGAGGGACUGGCGAGAGAAGCAGAAAGCGGCUGAGAGUCUGAAGGAGACAAUCGAGAAACAGAGAGCUGAUCUGGAGAGAGUGAGGAGAGAAGUCGGAGAGAAAGAGAUGCUCUGCACUGCCCUUCGAAAGCAGAUGCAGUAUCUGGAGAGCCAUCAGAGGGAGAGCGAAGCGGCUAAAGAGGAAGCCAAACGACUCAAAGUCAAAAUGAAAACCUACGAGAGUCUGAAUGUGGUGCUGCAGGGUCAGCGGGCGGAGGUGGAGGCCAUGAUUUCGGAUAUGGGUGUUGGUCAAUCUGCCGUGGAACAGCUCUCCAUUUAUUGCGUCUCCCUGAAGAAAGAAUAUGACAGCCUCAAAAGCAGCCUCAGGUCAUCCAAUGAAAUGUGUGAGAAGCUGAAAAGGGAAGUGUUCUCCUCCAAUAAUAAGUUGCAGAAAGCCACAUUAGAGAUGAACAGAACGAAGGAGGACAUGAAGGCUCUUCAGAACGAUCUCACCAAUGCAGACAAAGAGAUCACGAGCCUGAAGAAGAAAGUGGAGAUUCUGCAGAAGACACUAAGCACACCCACCCGCACCAACGAGGCCAUCAGCCGACUGGUGUUCGAGAGUCCUGCUCCUGUAGAGUUGAAGCCCCCCCGCCUGCACCAGCCUACCGACGGUCAGGACAUCGACCUCAACAUGACCUUUGACAUCAGCACACCUGAGCAGAUGGAGAAAAAGCCCAUUCCUGUCCCCUCCAAGAAGAUGCGUCUGGAUCCGGCAGCAUCUUCAUCCAAACAGAGUGAAAACGUGUUGGGGAAUAAGAACUGUAAUAGCAAAGAGGAGGAGGAUUCCAUGGAGCCCUUUUUCCGCAACUCUCUAAUCUUCAGGAAGAAGAUGUUUGGCAGCAUGCUGGACCCCCACAGCAAACCGGGAUCUGUAAGGACCGGCUACGAUGGCUUCGGAGGACGGACCAAAUUCAUCCAGCCUUCUCCACUGGCUGAGAUCAGACCCCUCGUCAUGAAGGCCAAGCGGAAGAAGGUGUCCAGGCCAGCUCCGAGCAAGCUGACCCCCAGCCUGACCACACUGGACAGUUUUUUAGAGUGACCACUCCACCCUCAGACUGUUCUGUGCCCUUCUUGACACCAGCUGGUUAAACUGGUGGAAACUUCAACCAGAAUCGUGUUUGAGCUGCGAUUAGAGCUGCAUGUUGGUUAGAGCUGCACGAUAUGUAUCAGUAUUGUGAUUAUAUUGCUACAUAUUGCAGUUAUCAACUCAUUGGAGAGUCAUUAAUGUGACGCAGUCAAAGAUUGGCAUUAUUUUGACCCACAUAAGUGACUUUUGUUGGAUUGCAUGAACACCUUGAUUCCUUCAACCACUGUGAGGGUGAUUGUGAGGGCUCAUUUGCAUAUCACAGCCUUCUGCAUUAUCUAAUGCAGUACUAAGACCAGCAUUGCGAUAACUAUUAACGAGCGAUAUCUUGUGCAGCCCUAUUGCAUGUUCAGUAUGAAUUGGGUUCCUUUUUUGGAACAGCGCUUCCUCUGAAGGACCAGACGGCCGAGAACCACAACAGUUUUCCCGCGGAUGUGGAAGCGAGCUGCUAUUGGGGUUUAUGGUGGUUAAAGGAAUGUUCCAGCAUUUUCAACCAAAUCUUUGUCUGCUGCUUCUGCUGUAUGUGGUCGUUUACCAAACACAACAGUUUGGCGAUUAGUUUAUUCUUUUUUAGCAAUUUGCUUCUCUUAUGUUUAAUUUUACUCCAGUAUGUUAAGUUCAGGAAGUAAACCGUAAUUGUUACGGAAGUCCGGAGAGGCCAUGAGGUAGUUAUAAUUUUCUGGAUUGUUAUCUUGAGAUCACAAGUUAAUUAUCUUGUGAUCUCAAGAUAACAAGUUCUCUUGAGACAAGUUAAUUAUAUUGUGAUCUCAGCAUAAAGUUGUUAUCUUGAUCACAAGAUAAUUAACUCUAACUUGAAAUCACAAGAUGGUUAACUCCUUAAUGAGUUAGUUAUCUUGUGAUUUCAAGAUAAUAACGAGAUAAUUAACUCAUUAUCUUGAGAUCACAGGAUGGAGGACGUGUUCACUUGUUUUCGCUUAGAAAAUCAAAACGUCGUUUCACCAGGGGUGCCAAAACUUUAGUAUGUUUUCAGUUUACAGGUUUUCUGUUCAGUGAUUGGAGGGAAAACAUUGUCCAUUGUAAUCGACUGUGUGCUGUAUAUGUGGCCGAUAGGGAUUCGGUUGAGCACUGCUGGAGUCGUUUUCGUUGUGUUUCAGUCGCUUAACAUCCACGCUGCACCUUUUGUUGAGCAUCCGUUGAUGUCGUUAUGACGACACCUUGACCCAGAGCACUGAGGAACAUUUGACCGCUGAGAUUUCUCAGAUUACUACAUUUCCAUUCAGUGAAAUCGUGUUGGAGAUCCACCUCGAUGUCUGUGACUGUAUAGAUUCUUUAUUUUUAAAAUCAUACACAGACAGCCUAUUUAUUUUUGUCUUUUUUGUAUAAAAGUGCAGAAUUUGGUUGUUUUAUAUGUGUAUUUUGGUUUCUGUGUGUACUCCGUGUGUCUUAU